GAGUGCGAGACCUUUGAGAAGUGCUGCCCCAAUGUCUGUGGAACCAAGAGCUGUGUGGCUGCUCGGUACAUGGACAUCAAGGGGAAAAAGGGGCCUGUGGGGAUGCCCAAAGAGGCAACCUGUGACCGCUUCAUGUGCAUCCAGCAAGGCUCAGAGUGCGACAUCUGGGACGGGCAGCCCGUCUGCAAGUGCAAGGACAGAUGUGAGAAAGAACCAAGCUUUACCUGUGCCUCUGAUGGACUCACCUACUACAACAAGUGCUACAUGGAUGCAGAGGCCUGCAUCAAAGGCAUUACACUCAACGUGGUCACCUGUAGGUACCAUCUCACCUGGCCAAACACCAGCCCUAUCCCCCCAGAAACAACAGCUCGCCCUACCACUGCCUAUUCCGAGACAACAGUCAUUGAUAUCCUGCCACCUGCACUGGUGAACAACCCCGUCCAUCAGUCCGUCUACGUGGGAGAGACCGUCAGCUUCCUCUGCGACGUUUCAGGGAGACCCAAGCCAGAAAUCACAUGGGAGAAGCAGGUCGAUGGGAAGGACAAAGUCAUCAUGAAGCCAAACCACGUCAGAGGGAAUGUCGUGGUCACCAACAUUGCCCAGCUGGUCAUCUACAAUACGCAGCUGCAGGAUGCAGGAAUCUACACCUGCACUGCCCAGAACACUGGUGGCCUCCUCCGGGCAGAUUUCCCUUUGUCAGUCAUCAGAGGAGAGCCCACAUCCAAGGAAACUUCCCAGAACAAAACACAUUUUCCAACCGAUGAGUGCCUGAAGCAGCCCGACAGCGAAGACUGUGGGGAAGAGCAGACCAGGUGGUACUAUGAUGCCAAGAAAAACAACUGCUUUACUUUCAUCUAUGGGAACUGCAACAGCAAUCUCAACCACUUUGAGACCUAUGAGAGUUGCAUGCUAACAUGCAUGAACGGCCCCAUCAACAUCUGCAACCUGCCUGCCCUUCAAGGCCACUGCAAGGCCUACGAGCCUAGGUGGGCCUACAACAGCUUGACAAAGCAGUGCCAGUCCUUUAUCUAUGGCGGGUGUGGAGGCAAUGAGAAUAACUUUGAGAGCCGGGAGGCCUGCGAGGAGAUGUGCCCCUUUCCGAAGAAUACUCACUGCAAGGCCUGCAAGCCCCGCCAGAAGCUGGUGACCAGCUUCUGCAAAAGUGACUUUGUCAUCCUGGGCCGCAUCACGGAGCUGACUGAAGACCAAGACUCAGGACACGCCCUGGUGACAGUGGAGGAGAUUCUCAAGGAUGACAAAAUGGGAUUAAAAUUCCUGGGGAAGGAACCACUAGAAAUCACGCUUUUGAACAUGGACUGGAGCUGCCCAUGUCCCAACAUGACCACAGUGGAUGGCCAGCUCAUCAUCAUGGGGGAUGUCCACAAUGGCAUGGCCAUCCUGCAGCCAGACAGCUUUGUGGGCACCUCCAGCAUCCGGCGCGUGCGCAAGCUCCGCGAAGUCAUCCACAAGAAAACCUGUGAGCUUUUGAAAGAGUUCCUGGGAUUGCAUUAACCUCCCUCACAUGUGUGAGCUGCCCUGAUCCAUUAGUAGGGCUAACAAGUGCUAGGCUAGUGCCAAACUAAACACACUGUUUGAAGAUACCCUGUAGGAAUUAUGUGGAACCCCUAUUUUAAUCCAUUAAUGAUGCUUAGCAACAACAUAGUUUGGUCUUUGGCAGGCAUGUAAACCAGCAGCAAAAGGCCAUUAAUCUUGCAUUGAAAUCAGUUUCUCCAUAUAGGAGUGCUAUUUAGGUGACUCACUUAAUUACAAAAUUUUUAUCUAGCUUCCAUCAUAAAUGACAGAAUUCAUAGCAUUUGUUUGGCUACACAGCUAAGAAAUAUAUAAUGUCAAUUUAAUCUGUCUCAGUUUCAGUCUGAUUUGUCGUUGUAAGUAACAUGCUUGGCUUCUUACAGCAGCACUAAUAUUUCAAGAGAAAAGUCUGUAAAUUAUUGUCUCUACUUACAAUUGUGCACAUUUAACCAACCUAUGCAUGAGUUUUCUUUCUUUUAAUUGCAAUUUUCCUUUUUUUUCCUUUUAAAAACCUCAUUUUUAAAUUACAACUACUACCUAUAUUGCAAUCCUUACUGAAGGACAAACUCCCUUGAUCCUAUGCCCAGGACAACAGGUCCCUGUAGAAGCUCAAGGCACAAUCUCACCCUGAAAUGACAUUUCUGUCACCAGAACAAGGUCAGCAAACACCCUCGUCCCUAUUUAAGUUUCAAUCAAUAUAUUGUCUAUCACAAAAAAUCCAAGCCAAGUCAGCAGUGUGCUGCCAGCUGUCUUGCUUUU